AUGGCGCAGGAUACAUGUGUUUCUGAAUUUACAUCUAGUGAUGUUUGUGUAUCUGGAGACGUAUCUAAAGACGGUUCUGUUGUGCGGGAGACUGCCCUUGUACCUGAGAGUCAUGUUGAGACUAAUGGGAAUGGUCAUGUGUCUGUUCCAGAUGACACUCGCACUGCCACCUCAGAUUCAGCCGCAGAAAUUACAGAAACGAAUGGAACGGUGGUACAGGGAUCUACGGGUCGCCCUGCUACUAACGGUACUACCCACGGGGUUGAGACUAACCAUGAAACCUUGAAAAUCGCAAACGGAGAGGCCGAGAUCAAGGCCCCGACGAAUGUAGAAUCCGAAAUCAAAGAACUGAUCAAUGGAGAGACUGAGACGAAGAAGUUGACAAAUGGAGUUGCGACAAAAGAAGUUUCAGCACAUGAAAUUCUGAAGAACGGGAUUGUGACAAAUGGGGAUGUCAAGUCAGAAAACAAACCUGAAGAAGACAAAGCUACAGAAGCCAAGGUCGAAGUGAAGGUCGAAGACGAGGCUGAGAAGAAGAUAGAGACCACAGAAGAAAACAAGACCGAGACUAAAGAUGGCGAGGAAGUGAAAGAUGAAACCAAAGCUGAGACGAAAGACGACAAGAAAGAGAAAGAAAAGGAAGAAGAGAAGACAUAUGAGCCUCCAGGCUCUAUCAUCGAUGUCCACAAGCUCUACGAAAUCAAGUCUGAUGACAAAGUCACAUGGACUAAUGAUUUCCCCGAGAGCUUGGUAGAACCAGCUGAGAACGAAGAAUCAGCACAAUACGCUCUGUUAUUACGACACUCCAAGUGCUACAAUGGGCGCAGAAACCUCUCUCUCCACUCCAUCGUUAUCCAGAGCGACCCACUGAAAAAAUUCCUAGGGAAAGUCCUUGAGAACUACCCCAGGAUCACAACAACAUUACAACGACUGGAGUUCACCAGCCCUUUCAAACCCUUUGUUCACCGCUGGGAACAGCUUCUCAAAUUUCGCGAAGAGGAGGAAGACCUCACCACAAAAAAGCACGCGGAUCUCCUACACAAGACUCUGGUACAGGAGCUGGGUGACAUCCUUUCCGAGAAGAGAGACCUCAUCAGCAAUGGUGUGAUCACUCACGAGCUUCUCUGGACGAUCUUUGAACCUGAUGAUGUGUUCGUCCAUAUCUCAGAAGAAGGGCGGAGUCGUGCAUAUGCCUUCGUGGAAGAAGAUACAGAUAGCUCAAAAACAACAGUCGUCACGGGCAAGGCUAUUGAGUUCAACGGUAAGAAGUUUGGAUACAUCGAUACGGAUUUCAAGAUCUGGUCGUUCGACGGUACCAUGCCUAUCACAGAUCUAAUUGUCUAUCCGCUGAGAUAUCAUACUGAAAAGGACACUCUUCGAGAAUCGCUGAUUGCGCGUGGAAAACGCUGGGAGGAGCAUAAAGGAUACCACUACAAGGCCUACGAGGGAAUGUUAUAUGAUGAUCUUGUCGGAGAGCGUCAUGUUAAGAGCCGUGUCAUCAUUGACGCGGAGGCCUUCAACCUCUUCCAUCCUUCAAAGACAAUCCGUACCUAUGAUUCCAAUAGGUGUCCCCAGGAGUUGGGUGAUGAGGACCGACUCAUUGCCAGCCCGAUGGUACACGGCUACUCAUUGAAAGAAAAGGAGUGGUUCCCACUCUAUGUAGAAUACACAAAGGAGAUCGAGUGGAGCACCGACGCUUUUGAGUCCCUAGUUCCAAUCAGGGGCCAAGAAGAUCUUAAGGACUUGCUUCUUGGUGUUGCAAUAGCGCAGUCUCAGAAAAAUGACAUAUUUGACGACAUUAUCCCGGGCAAGGGCCAAGGAAUCAUCAUGCAGCUCAGUGGUCCAUCGGGUGUGGGUAAAACCUUAACCGCGGAGUGUGUUGCCGAAGAGAUGCGAGCUCCAAUGUAUACGAUAAGUGCAAGUGAGCUUGGAUACAGCACAGACCGAAUGGAGAGAAAGCUGAAAGACAUAUUCCGCAUGAUUGUGAAAUGGGGUGCUGUGUUGCUUCUCAACGAAGCGGAUAUGUUUAUGGAAACUCGUGAUGUGAGGAAUGAGUUGGUAUCGGUUUUCUUGCGAAUGCUGGACAACUACGAUGGAAUUCUCUUCCUCACAACAAAUCGAGCAAUACAUGUAGAUCCAGCCUUUGAAUCUCGGAUCCAUCUGGCAAUUGCAUUUGAAGAUCAAGAUAUUGCCUCGAGACGUCAAAUCUGGACCCAAUUGCUCAAGCGGAUUCAAAACAACGAUGAGUUUACAAGUGCUCAGCUUGCCAACUUGUCCUUGAUAGAGUUGAACGGGCGAGAUAUCAGGAAAACCAUCAAGCUCGCGAGUUUGAUGGCGCUGUCCAAGAAAACCAAGCUAGGAUAUCAGAUGAUCCAGACUGUGUUGAAAACGCAGCAAAAGAGUUCCCAGAAGCUGAAUUUCUAUAUCUGA